AUGGACGUGAAAAUUUGCAUUUAUUUUCUUGCUGUGGUUAUUUUUUCUAGUACACUACAAACGUUGGCUAUACCAGAAUACUUUAUCGAGGAGCACUGUAGCCAGACGCUUGCUCUGAAUCACGGAAAUGCAGAAUCUGUGAAACUGAGGCUGACAAAAUCCGCUAAAUAUUUGGAUGGCAUGCGCUGUGCAAUGCGGAUACAAGCACCGGAAGGGAAACGUUUGGUAAUUCGUAUAGAAAAUCUCGACGUUGAUGGAAGCCAAGAAGCAUUAUGCCAAGGUGGAGAUUACUUACAGUUCUUUGACGGCCCAUCGGAGUCUUCAAUCAUACAUCCUGAUUUGCCAGCAACCGUAUGUCAAAAACCCACUAUGGAUUAUAUUUUAACAUCCGGUAGAUUUCUUGUGAUGAGAUUUGUCAGUAACACAGACUUGAACGCAGGGAGCGGAAUGAGACUUGUUGUUACAGCCUUCAGUAACGCGCCGUGCACUCAAGAUGAAUUCCAAUGCAAAACAACUGCACACUGCAUCCGACGUUCAUUACAGUGCGAUCAGCAGCCCAGUUGUCCGGACGCUACAGACGAAAGCAUGCCAGAAUGCUUGUCUACUGGCGCUAUUGUCGGAAUAUCAGUCGCCUGUGUUGUUGUUGUCGCAGCCAUUGUCAUUUCUGUUGUCGUCUGCUGCAUUGUGCGCGAGCGCAAGAGACGCGCGAGGAUUAUUAAAGUAAGACAACUCUUACAAACAUUUAGAUUGGAAAAUAAAUUGAGUAAUGGACAUUUGAGCACAACUUCAAGCAAUGGGAAUACUAACAGCAUGAAGUGGCUUGACAAGUCGACUGGAUAUUUUGACUAACACUGUUACCCAUCAUGCACCGCUUUGCUUUGCAAGAUAGACUUACUGUUUUAAGGUGGUGGAAAAUAAUUAUUACACUUCAUUGCACUGUCAUGCUCGAAAUGUAGACACACAUUCAUUGUGACACACACUUUCCCAGCUUUCUUAUAAACAGAAAAAUGUAAGACACAAAAUGUAAAUGGCAGAUUAUGCAAAAGCUGAUUCAGACCCCCAUUUGCUGUUGUCAACGCUACUACCUGAAUCCGAUAGAGUGCGUCUUAGAAUACGGACUUAAUUAAAGGGUUGGGAUGAGGUGUAAUUUGCCUGUAAAUACUUCUUUCACAUGUUAAGGUGAUCUCAUUUCACAAUUUUCUACUUUGUUAUAUUUGUUACUUCGUUGUUUGUUAUUUCAAUAGUAAAUAAAAUAAAAUAUGUAUACAAAGCAAUCGUUCCAAAUUGGAUGAUUUUGAAUACAUGAAG